UCUUGGACGUUUUAUUGUUCCUGGUGCAGGUCCCUUUGGCUUAUUAUGGGAACGUAACGCUUUUUAUGAAAAUCCCAUGUAUGGAGGAUUGGGAGGUUGCGGUGCAACCUAUGUGAUUCAACUUCGAUGA